GCUCGGCUUGGUCAAGGGAUGGCAGCCAUCGAAAAAACACGACAAGCAGUGCUACCUGAUGCAUGUCGUUUACAAUUCGAAGGGCGACGUUCUGGCAGGUGCGAAAGGGGCGAUUCUCUCGCGGGAUCUGUUCCAGGGGUUUGGUGGGGGGGCUUUGAGGACCCCUUUCUACACUGAAGUCGCGGAGGGAGGUCUGGUUUCGGCUAGGGAGUUUUUUGACGAGGUCGAGAAAAGCGACUUCGACCUCGACGAUCCCUGCCAAAUUUCGAGCGAGCUCGAACUGUCGCUUCCUGUGCAAAUGUGCUCCGGGUUCGUUUCCAGUGGGGCUCCCACCGAAGGCGAGGAAAUGGGUUCCGGUGGUUCAGUACAGCCCCAACAGGGUGAGGAACGUGGUCGCUUCGAUGACAGCGAGGAGGAAGAAGAGGAGGACACGCGAGUUUCGCAGCAUAGACUCGGAGAUCGCGGGACGCUGAGAAUUCCGGGGGCUGAGAGAGGGGCAACGGUCGUCAAGCAGCCGUCGACGUUAGGUGGCGUUCGCGCCUUGGGGUCGAAGGACAGGACAGUUGGCGUCGUUUCCGGUGGGGAGGGAGGGGAACAGCACUCUACACAAAAGAGAAGGGGAGGUUCUGAGGGGGAGGCGUCAGGACUUAAAAAGAAGCAGAAGACAAAGAUUCCACAGCAGUCAUGGGGGAAAAGGAAGGGAGUUGAGGGGCAUGUCGGCGCGUCGAGUCAAAAGCGCCCGGCCUCGGCUCAGAAGCCACCCCAAUCGGCCCCUGUCCAGCCCAGAGGUGUCAUCGACAUCGACGCGGCAUACUUCCUAGAAUGGAAAAACGGCGUGCGAACAAAGCGGGAGUUCGCCAUUAACCCGUCGCAAGUCAUCGACAUCGGCGUGUGGGAGGCGGCCUACAACCAGUGUUCCUUGGAUCCCGUGGAAAUACGGGACAUUAUUGACGCAAUGACGACGGCCUACUCUCAGGCCGAGAAGACUUACGAGUUGCCGACACUAAAGCUCGCGCCUCUCGGGCUGGUUAAACCGACGCCCGGGGUGCAGGCGGAUCGUCUGAAGCCGGAGGACUGGAAGGACGAGCUGGCAGGGCAAUACUACUACUACGCUGUGGCGGGCCAGCAUAACGCGGCUGCGGCCAGGGCGCUGCUUGGCACCGAUGUGGCGGUGAGGUACAACUUCGAGCGCUGGCCUGCACGAAUGGUGUACUUCUCCGACGAGGACUUUGAGGGGUACUUUCUGGUCAGCGCUGAGGACAACAAGAAAGACCUGAAGGCCCCUCCGAGACAGCUGAAACUCUCCAUGAGAGGCAUUCGGUGGUGUUGGAAGGAAUUGGGUUACCCGAAAGCUGUUAUGGGUAACCUCAGCAGGAAACAGGCGCAGGUGGAGGCAUGGCGAAGAAUUUGUGCGGAGGUGCUCCAAAAGACGUCGUACAAUCACUUGUGGACUCUCGCUGAUGACAAGACCGAGCAAGGAAUCAAGAAACAAAACGCUGCCCUUCGCUUUUAUUUCCCGCUCGCGAUGGCAGAAAAAAACACAUGGGAAACCGGGAUGGAAUUUUUCAAGAGAUGGGAAACGGGCAGACUGCUGGCACCGGAAGGAGCGAAGUGGAUCGCGAAGAAGAAGAAGGUGCAGGGCCUCAAGCUAGGUGUGAGCCACAUCGAAAACGAGAAGGACGGGCGAAAGAGUUACGGUGCCUUGAUCGACGCCGGCGAAGAGUCCCUCACCAGUGUUGUCUUCGACACUGGUGCACCUGAGGAGGAUAGCGACACCGAAGAAAUUGACAUCGACUACCGCCUUGCUCCGGUGCUCCCAUCCCCGGCCUCCUCGUCGGCGAGUCCCUCAACAAACCAGCCCGCACAAGCGACGCCCGUGCAGAGGACCCCUAGUAAGCUGUUGGCAAGAUUGACACCUCGGCCUGCUGCGUCUCCUCCUCUGCGUCCAGGGUGUCAAGUCCCCCUGCAACAUCCUUCUCGGAAGGAUGAGAACAUCCACUUCGAAGGGCACGACCACACUCGUUCCACGGAGGCAGACUGGGGUCAUGACAUGAUUUGGCACCCGGGGACGAUCCAGCCCGCAAUUCGGAAGGGGGAGUGGGUCAUGGCCAUAGUCGACACUGACGGGGAAUGGAAGCCGUCCGAGCGCCUCGCCAAGUCCGACUACUUGGAUAUCGCGAGGAGUGCUGUGGUGGACAAAGUGACGUUAGAGAACAGCAACCUGCAGCCUGCCGACUCGGCCAUCAUUGCCACUGCUGAUCGCUUGUUUCGGAAACUUCAUGACAAGCAGUGGUUGGAACUCUCUGACGAUUUCUACGACCUCGAGAUGAGCCCUUCGAAGAAAAAGAUGAACUGGAAAGUACCCCCGUCGACAGGGACCCAGGGUAGUGUGGGAGAAGGACCUCGGAGCCCCCCCGGGGCCGGAGGGGGGGGAGGCAGUGGUCACGAGGAAGGAGGUCGCGGAGUCAGUGGCCAUACGAAAUCAGGGGGAAGCGCGUCGGCAUCAUCGCCUGGCCCUGGCGAUCAGGGCAGGAUCGUGCACAGCGGCGUGGGGGAAGGGGGGGUGAACGUCACACACUCCCCAACAGCAGGGAGCGGCAAGUCGAGGAAGUUCGCCCGCAUCCGAACUUCGCAGACGGAGGACCCAGUGCCCGUGGAGGCAGCGAAGUCGGCCGGCAUCCGCACUUCGAUGACUCUGGAGCAGGCGGCCCUUCCCUCGUGGACUGCUUUUGGCUCCUCCGCUGAAGUAGGGUGGGGCUCAUGUGAAGGGGAUCCUGUCUCCGCCGUGAAGGGCAAGUCCGCGGGCAUCCCUACCAGGGCGGACGACGUUCAGGCGAGUGUACCGUCGGAGGAGGUAGGAACAGAGGAAGGUCCUACGUCUGUUCGUACAGACGACCACUCCUUGGGAUCCGCCUUCAUGCGGCUGCAAGGAGCCAAGUCGCGUGAGACUGACGGGGGGGAAGAAUGGGUGAAAGUCGAGGGCGGGGAAGAAGGGGGAGAAUGGGAGGAGGGGGGAGAAGGAGACGAAGGGCGAGAGACGGAGUUGAUUACAUUGCGCGACGACAAAGACAGUGAAGAAGGAGGACUCAGUAUUACAGACGAGGAAAGGGUGGAUGCCGGAGACGAGGAUGUCUGUGGGGAGACAUCUGAUUCGUUCGGUCUGGUGUACGCCAGACCAGGUGAAGGUGAUAUCGACGACGACGCGACGGCGAUGAAGAUGGAGAUGCAGGUGGUUAGUGGCCUUUCGGUGGACCACGAAGAAUAUGACGCCCACCACCAGGCCACGGCGGUGCGUCCCCCCGACGGGGGCAACGAGGCUAUCAUGACAGUGAGCCUGGCGAAAAUGACUCGCCGUCUUAGCGUCAAAGAGGUCAUCGAUACCAUACUGGGCGGCGAGCAAGUUCAAACACUUUCGUCCACCCCGUCAAAAGACGAUGCCCUAGUGAGCAACGAAACUUUCGUGGCCAGGGACUUGGCGCUCAUCCAGCCGUGGUUUCCGGUACCCUCGUCACCGCUCACAGGAGGAAGGGGGGGGGGKGUUGGGGGCGGCCAGCACGUCACGUCCCCAAAAAAGUGCAGGGUAGGCACUCCGGCCCUGGCUGUCCUCGCCUUACUAGCGCCCACGUCGCCGACGAAGGAGCAGAAAGAAAAACAAGCUGGUAAGCAUUGACGAUCGUCGCGAUGUCAGCACUCCCGCGUUUCGGUUUAUGCCCCACGUUAGAUGGACAAAAUUUCGCUUCACUUGUCAGCGAGGACCAAUUUUCCUCUUGUUCUUUAACACACCGUCACGCUCAUUCUGCGACCGCUCAUCCGCUCCUCCCUCUACAAGUCCUCUGUCGCCGUCUCGACUUUCUAUCUCUGGCCGACACCUGUAGUGUGGAUACCGGCGGACUACAAGAUAGACCGUCCGAUAAACGUAUUUCACAGCG